CUCGCGGGGUGCGAGUGCGAACGAGUGCGAGUGUGUGUGUGCCGUCGCCGCAGCCGCUGCCGCCGCGUGGGGUGUGGCCAAGUCGAGUGAGAGAGAGAGCAGCCGAAGCAGCGCCAAAGCUAGCCAGAAGCGGGCCAUCCGCUCAAUGGCCGGCCGUUUUCGCGUCAGCUCCGUAAAUGCGGCAGCAGCCGCCGACACGACCGCGGCACCAGUGGUCGCGCCAACAUCGGUCACUUUAACGAUUCCGGUACCGGCUAAUGGUCAAACAACACAAGAUGAUGGCGCCGAACGAAUACCGUUAUGUGAACAACAUUCGCCUUUGGCGCUCUAUGAGGCCGAUUAUGACACUCAAGGACAGAAAAUUGGACAAAUGUUGCGGAAACUUUCGGUUUAUAAUGCCACCGAGCCGACUUCCGAAGAAGCGGAUGAAAAACCUAAGCAGGCAACAAAAAUGGGCACGGUUAUGGGCGUAUUCUUCCCAUGUAUUCAAAAUAUCUUCGGUGUAUUAUUCUUCAUUCGUAUGACAUGGAUUGUUGGUACUGCUGGAAUUGUUCAAUCGUUUUUCGUUGUCCUUACUUGUACUUCUGUGACCUUCCUGACAGCUAUUUCACUCUCAGCAAUAGCCACAAACGGGGUGGUAUCUGGCGGGGGGCCAUACUAUAUGAUCUCUCGCAAUCUUGGCCCAGAACUUGGUGGUGCUGUUGGAAUUCUUUUCUAUCUCGGUACAACCAUAGCCGCAUCUAUGUACCUCACUGGUGCUGUUGAAAUUUUCUUGCUCUACAUCAUGCCGGAAGCGAAACUUUUCGAAAGUAUCUACAAUAAUUUCCGGUUGUUUGGUUCCGCUAUAUUAUUCGGGGUCUCGUUGAUAGUCUUAGCCGGAGUGAAGGUUGUCAACAAAUUCGCCUUGCCGCUCGUGUUCGUCGUAUUAUUCUGUAUAUUUUCUGCUUUCCUCGGGUCUUUCGUGCGAUUCAACGGAAGUGAUCAGCUUCAAUUUUGUAUGAUGGGUGAUCGACCAGUUGACGUGACAAAUUACUAUGAAUCGACGCAUAUACGGCCGAAUUGUACUGCAGACGGACUACGACCGUUAUUCUGCGCGGACAAUGGCACAUGUGAUCCAUACUAUGAUCGAGUGAAGAACGUUAAAGUAUGGCGAGGUAGCAAUUUACCGGCAAUUCGACUCGAGCGUGCCAUCAAAGGAAUGGGUAGCGGAGUGUUUUUCGACAACUUGUGGCCAAAACAUGUUCGAGCUGGUGAUGUGCUGUCGAAGGAUCCAAGGGAUCGAAGUGAUCGACAACGAUCUACCGGCUACUACAUCUUUUCCGACUCGACAACAUCUUUCAUGAUUCUCAUUGGCGUGUUCUUCCCAUCUGCGACUGGAAUUAUGGCCGGCUCAAACCGAUCUGGAAAUCUUCGUGACGCGUCGAAAUCGAUUCCACUUGGGACCCUAGCAGCUCAGAUAUCAACAAGUCUCGUGUACUUUUGCGGUGUGAUUGUCUUCGGCUCAUCUGUGUCCGAAAUGUUCAUCCGGGAUAAAUACGGGCAAUCUGGUAUGGGAAAACUGACGAUAUCUGAGAUAGCAUGGCCAUUUCCGACAGUCAUUCUGUGGGGCUGCCUUGGAGCCACCAUAGGAGCUGGUAUGCAAUCGUUGACCGGAGCACCUCGACUACUACAAGCUAUCGCUUCCGAUGAUGUAAUUCCAUUCCUGAGUGUAUUCCGUAAAAUGGAUAGCCGUGGUGAACCGAUUCGUGCAAUUUUCGUCACGAUUCUCAUCUGUUGGUUAGGUAUUCUCAUCGCUGUUAUUGAGAAUAUCACAGCUCUUAUCACCCAAUUCUUCCUGAUGUGCUAUUUGGGUGUGAACACUGCAUGUGCUCUACAAUCAUUGCUCAAAUCGCCUGGAUGGCGGCCAUCGUUCAAAUAUUUUCAUUGGACCUUAUCCUCACUCGGGGCAUUCCUGUGCAUUGCUGUAAUGUUCAUCUCAGCUUGGCACUUUGCCCUAAUUGCUAUCUUCAUCGGUGCUGCUGUCUACAAGUACAUUGAAUAUGCCGGUGCCGAAAAAGAAUGGGGAGAUGGCCUGCGUGGUCUAGGCCUUAGUGCAGCCAGGUUUGCUCUGUUGAAUUUGGACAACAAACCACAACAUAGUAGGAAUUGGAGACCUCAGCUACUUGUACUACUGGAGAAUACCGAUUCUCCCAGUACACAUGGUAUUCUAUCCUUCGUCAGUCAGCUGAAGGCUGGAAAGGGUCUAACAUUAGUCGCUAUGUGCACUGAAGGUGAUUUUGCACGAGAUGCUGACGAAGCUGCCGCUCAACAAAAGAACCUGGAUUUGCUAUUGAAGAAGAACAAAAUUAAAGGAUUUGGGGACGUGCUAGUAACGGAAAAUUUUAUCGAGGGAGUUAGCUGUCUGGUACAGACUUCCGGUUUGGGUGGACUUCGACACAAUACCGUAAUGAUAUCAUGGCCAGAAUCCUGGAACACGGAACACUCAUGGCAUGUCGGACAUCAGUUCGUUAAUGCACUGAGAGCUAUUUCUGCUGCAAAGUGCGCCAUCCUUGUCCCGAAGAAUGUCGCUCAAUUCCCUGCAUCCAAUACCAAGGUGUCCGGUUACCUCGAUGUCUGGUGGGUGGUGCACGAUGGUGGUUUGUUGAUGUUGCUACCAUUCCUUUUGAAGCAACAUAAAACAUGGAAGAAUACAGUAAUAAGGCUAUUCGCCAUUGCUCAAUUAGAGGACAAUAAUGUACAAAUGAAAUCGGAUCUUGAGAAAUUCCUGUAUCAUUUACGUAUAGAAGCACAAGUCUACGUCAUAGAAAUGCCCGACUCUGAUAUCUCUGAUUACACCUAUGAAAGAACGCUGAAAAUGGAAGAAAGAACAAAACUUCUAAAGAGUCUGAAUAAAUCCGACAGAGAAAAGGAUCUACAGUCGCAUAUUGAGGAUGUCGUAAGGGAAAGAAAGCUCAGCAAGAUUAAUGAAGAGGAAAUGAUUCUCCCUCUUGAAAAGACUCUAGAAGUUGUGGCAGAAGAGCAAGAUACUGAGGAGAAGAAGACGGCUAGCAUAGGGCAUAAAGGAGUGCGCUUUAGCGAUGAGGAGUUGAAUGAUCAUCACAAACCUGGAAAUGGCACUUUGGAAGUCGAUAGCGAGGAACGACGCCGAAAACGCCGUUAUAACGUCCACAAAAUGCACACGGCAGUGAAACUCAACGAAUUGAUGAAGGACAAGUCGGCAGAUUGCCAAUUAUUGAUUGUCAACUUACCAGGACCACCUGACCAGGAUUCGGAUUCAUACUAUAUGGAGUUCAUCGAAGCGUUGACAGAAGGAUUGAAGCGUGUGCUACUUGUACGAGGUACUGGAGCCGAAGUGGUUACGAUCUACUCGUAAACCAUCCCCAGAACGCCCAAUUCUUACUUCAUUUUAGCGUUCAUUGCUCUAUUGUCCAUUGUUUUCAUGUAUUAUUCUCGCCCAGAUUCACUGCGGGUCACUCAUAUUGUUUUCAUUUCUCAAACAGCUAUCCUAGCUAAGGUCUAGUCCCGGACGAAGGCGGAUGGUUUUCAUCGCGAGGACA